UGCGCGGCCGCGGUUCCCGAAGCCGCCGCGAAGAUGGCGACCGAGCACCCCGAGGCCCCCAAGGCGGGAGAGCUCCAGCUGCCGCCGCCGCCGCCGCCCCCGCCGCCGCCCCCGCCGCCCCCGCCCGCCCCCUACGCCGCCUGGCCCGUCCCCGACCUGCAGGCCAAGCUCGCGGACAUCGGGGCGCCCGUCCAGGGAAGCCGCGAGGAGCUGGUGGAGAGGCUGCAGAGCUACACCCGACAGACGGGCAUCGUGCUCAACCGCCCGGUCCUGAGGGGCGAGGAUGGAGACAAAGCCAUACCACCCCCCAUGGCUGCCCAGCUCUCUGGGAUACCUCUGCCCCCGCCCCCCAUGGGGCUCCCCCCUCUGCAGCCGCCCCCGCCGCCCCCGCCGCCCCCUCCGGGUCUCGGACUCGGUUUCCCCAUGGGAGUGGGGCCCCGGCCCCCCGGCCUGGUGCCCCCGCCUCCCAUUCGGGUGGGGGAUCCGGUGGCCCUGUCAGAGGAGGACAGGCUGAAGCUGGCCCAGCAGCAGGCGGCGUUGCUGAUGCAGCAGGAGGAGCGAGCCAAGCAGGAGAGAGCCAAGCAGGGAGAACACUCCAUGAAGGAACAUGAGCUCUUGGAACAGCAGAAGCGGGCGGCCGUGCUGUUGGAACAGGAGCGCCAGCAGGAGAUGGCCAAGAUGGUGGCCCCGGUUCCCCGGCCCCCUCCAGACAUGGUCCCCAUGGGAGUCCGAACUCCCAUGGUCCCCCGGGCCGGUGGGCCUGUGGGUCCUGUUGGCCCGCCGCUCCCUGGGGUCCCCAUGGGAGCCCCGGUACCAAGGCCCCGUGGCCCCCCGCCUCCCCCGGGAGAAGAAAACCGAGAGGUGGACGACCCCACCGUGGGGCCCAAGAUCCCCCAGGUUUUGGAGAAGAUCCUCCAGCUGAAAGAGAUCAGGCAGGAAGAGCUGACCUCCGUGCACGACGAAGAGGACAUGGAGACAGACACCAGGUCAUCCCUGGCGGCCUCCACCUCAGAGACCGAGGACGACACAGCCUCCCUGUCCAAGAAAGAGAAGAACCGGAAGCGUCGGAACCGGAAGAAGAAGAAGAAGCCGCAGAAGGCGGCCGGGGGGCGGGCGGCGGCGGCCUCGGAGGGGGAGAAGGAGUCGGCCAAGGCGCGGGCCCCCGAGCCGCCGGCCGCGGCCGUGGAGAUCGAGUACGUGACCGAAGAGCCGGAGAUCUACGAGCCCAACUUCGUCUUCUUCAAGAGGAUCUUCGAGGCCUUCAAGCUGACGGACGACGUGAAGAAAGAAAAGGAGAAGGAGCCCGAGAAGUCGGACAAGCUGGAAAGCUCGGCGGCCCCCAAGAAGAAGGGCUUCGAGGAAGAGCGCAAGGACAGCGACGACGACAGUAGUGACGACGAACAGGAGAAGAAACCAGAAGCUCCCAAGCUGUCUAAGAAGAAGUUACGGAGAAUGAAUCGCUUCACGGUGGCGGAACUCAAGCAGCUGGUGGCCCGGCCCGACGUGGUGGAGAUGCACGACGUGACGGCCCAGGACCCCAAGCUGCUGGUCCACCUGAAGGCCACGCGCAAUUCGGUCCCGGUGCCCCGGCACUGGUGUUUCAAGCGCAAGUACCUGCAGGGCAAGCGGGGCAUCGAGAAGCCGCCCUUCGAGCUGCCAGACUUCAUCAAGCGCACGGGCAUCCAGGAGAUGCGCGAGGCCCUGCAGGAGAAGGAGGAGCAGAAGACCAUGAAGUCCAAGAUGCGGGAGAAGGUGCGGCCCAAGAUGGGGAAGAUCGACAUCGACUACCAGAAGUUGCACGACGCCUUCUUCAAGUGGCAGACCAAGCCCAAGCUGACCAUCCACGGAGACCUGUAUUACGAGGGGAAAGAGUUCGAGACCCGCUUAAAGGAGAAGAAGCCAGGAGACCUGUCGGACGAGCUGCGGAUCGCGUUGGGCAUGCCCGUGGGACCGAACGCCCACAAGGUUCCUCCGCCGUGGCUGAUUGCCAUGCAGCGGUACGGACCGCCGCCCUCGUACCCAAACCUCAAGAUCCCGGGACUCAACUCCCCCAUCCCUGAGGGCUGCUCCUUCGGCUACCACGCCGGCGGCUGGGGCAAGCCCCCCGUGGACGAGACCGGGAAGCCGCUCUACGGGGACGUGUUCGGAACCAACGCCACCGAGUUCCAGACCAAGACCGAGGAGGAGGAGAUUGACCGCACCCCCUGGGGGGAGCUGGAACCGUCAGAUGAGGAGUCGUCGGAGGAGGAGGAGGAGGAGGAGAGCGACGAGGACAAGCCGGACGAGACGGGCUUCAUCACCCCCGCGGACAGUGGUCUCAUCACCCCCGGAGGCUUCUCGUCAGUGCCGGCUGGAAUGGAGACCCCCGAGCUCAUCGAACUGAGGAAGAAGAAGAUCGAGGAGGCCAUGGAUGGCAGCGAGACGCCCCAGCUGUUCACCGUGCUGCCGGAGAAGAGGACGGCCACGGUCGGAGGCGCCAUGAUGGGCUCGACCCACAUUUAUGACAUGUCCACGGUGAUGAGCCGCAAGGGCCCGGCCCCCGAGCCGCAAGGAGUGGAGGUGGCCCUGGCCCCCGAGGAGUUGGAGCUGGACCCCAUGGCUAUGACGCAGAAGUACGAGGAGCACGUGCGGGAGCAGCAGGCCCAGGUGGAGAAGGAGGACUUCAGCGACAUGGUAGCCGAGCACGCCGCCAAGCAGAAGCAGAAGAAGCGGAAGGCCCAGCCUCAGGACAGCCGGGGCGGCAGCAAGAAGUACAAGGAGUUCAAGUUUUAGCUUUCCUUCUGCCUCGAACAUUCGCUCCCCCCUCCCCUCCCCGGGAGGCCAAUAGCCUGGACACCUGCCUCUCAUUCUCCGUUCCCGGUUCCCCAGGGCCUGGUCCCCUGCCGUUUCGGGAGACUCGCCUUCAGUUUCCUGUUCUUAUAAUGGAUUUGUUUUGUAAAUAAAGCCGUGCCAGUGACA